UUAACAUAGCAUUAAACUUGGACUGGCGUAAAAAAUUUUUUAAAUAAAAAUUUCGAUAUAAGUAAAAAAUAUAAUAAUGAGUUAUAAAGGUAUUGGAGGAGGAGGUUAUCCGUAUAAAAAAUCCGAUACUUCAAGCGGUAAAGGAUAUUCUGCAGUUCCACCUCCAAGCAGUUUAUCACAAACUCGAAAAGGACCACAAAAAUUUUUCGCACAAACAACUGGAAAUCAAGUUCAAACGCCCAAUUCCUUCAAUAGUGGUUUAUCUAAGCAUGGAUAUUCUACUAUGGAUGCUAUUUAUCAAUUUGCAAGCUCUUCGUCUUACGCAGUUGGAAGUAAAAGAAAAACAAAUACUGAAGAUGAUUAUUUUGAUGAUGAUGAUGAAACACCACAAUCAUCUGAACUUGCAUAUAUACCGGCUCCAGGGAGUCCAGCGGCUAACGAAAAAAAUAAAAAUAAUGAAGAAACUGAUGAAGAAGACGAUCCUUUGGAUGCUUUUAUGGCAAAUAUCGAAAAACAAGUUGAAAAAGAUACCAAAGGACCCAGCAAUGACACAAACAAAGAUAAGAAUAUCAAAAAAGGUACAAGAGCCGAUAUAGACGAUGAAGAUGAUGAAGAAAGUUAUUACCGGUAUAUGGAAGAAAAUCCGAAUGCAGGCGUAACCGAAGAAGGAUCCGAUCCAGAAAUUGAUUACGACGAAGAUGGAAAUCCUAUAGUCCCACCAAGAAAAAGGGAAAUAGAUCCUUUACCGGCUGUAGAUCAUUCUCAAAUAACAUAUGAACCAUUUGAAAAAAAUUUUUAUGAACCACAUGAAGAUAUUAAAGCACUUUCACGAAAUAAAGCAGAAGAAUUGAGGAAAACUUUGGGUAUUAGAGUUACAGGGCCUGUGCCUCCACAUCCCGUAUGCAGUUUUGGACAUUUUGGAUUUGACGAAAGCCUCAUGAAGCAAAUACGAAAAUCUGAGUAUACACAACCUACACCUAUCCAGGCUCAAGCGAUACCCGCAGCUCUUAGUGGUAGGGAUUUAAUAGGAAUAGCAAAAACUGGUAGUGGUAAAACAGCCGCAUUUAUUUGGCCAAUGUUGGUGCAUAUCAUGGAUCAAAAAGAAUUGCAAGAAGGUGAUGGUCCAAUUGCUUUAAUUUUAGCGCCGACAAGAGAAUUGUCUUUGCAAAUUUAUAAUGAGGCCAAAAAGUUCGGUAAAGCUUACAAUAUAAAUGUUGUAUGUUGCUAUGGUGGUGGUUCUAAAUGGGAACAAAGCAAAGCAUUAGAAGAAGGAGCCGAAAUUGUUGUAGCAACUCCAGGUCGUAUGAUAGAUAUGGUUAAAAUGAAGGCAACAAAUUUAACAAGAGUAACGUAUUUGGUAUUGGAUGAAGCAGACCGCAUGUUUAAUAUGGGUUUUGAACCUCAAGUAAGAUCAAUUUGCAACCAUGUUCGACCAGAUCGUCAGACACUCUUGUUUUCGGCUACUUUCAAAAAGAGAAUAGAAAAACUAGCUCGUGAUGUGUUAACUGAUCCUGUAAGAAUAAUCCAAGGAGACAUAGGGGAGGCAAAUGAAGAUGUAACUCAACAUGUAAUUGUAUUAAAUAAACCUGAACAUAAAUGGAACUGGUUACUUUUAAAGUUGGUAGAAUUUUUAUCACAAGGCAGUAUAUUGAUUUUUGUUACCAAGAAGUUGGAUGCGGAACAGUUGGCUAAUAAUUUGGUUUUAAAAGAAAUUGAAUGCGUUCUGCUACAUGGUGACAUGGAUCAAGCAGACCGUAACAAAGUCAUAAUGAAGUUCAAAAAAAAAGAAUGUGAUAUAAUGGUUGCAACCGAUGUUGCUGCACGAGGUUUAGAUAUUCCUCACAUACGUACUGUUGUUAACUAUGACAUUGCAAGAGAUAUUGAUACACAUACACAUCGAAUCGGUAGAACUGGACGAGCUGGAGAAAAGGGGACUGCGUAUACCUUAGUUGUAGAAAAAGAUAAAGAAUUUGCGGGACAUUUAGUUCGAAACUUAGAGGGGGCAAAUCAGGAAGUACCUGAAGAGUUAAUGGAAUUAGCCAUGAAAAGCGCAUGGUUUCGAAGUUCGAGGUUUAAAAGCGGAAAGGGAAAAAAUAUAAAUAUUGGAGGUGCUGGUUUGGGAUAUAAAGAAAGACCCGAGUUUGGAAACAAGUCAAAUUUCAAAAAUUCAAGUAGUAACAAUAGUGGAAGCACAACAGGAAAUUCAAAUUCAAAUACAAUUCAUACAACAGCUGGUCCAGCUUCUAACAGAUAUGCGGCUAUGAAAGAAGCGUUUAAAAGUCAAUAUAUGUCACAAUUCCGAGCUUCGUCUGACAGAACUUGGGAAAAAACUGUGCCGGAAACAGGAGUAUUUGCUGCUCCAGCACCACCACCACCAGCUUUGAAACCAGCAACGGCAGAUAGCAAAAGUAACAAACACACUGAGGACCAACCGAAAAAAAGAGCAAAAAAAAGUCGAUGGGAUUAAAUUUGUUAAUGUUCACAUUUUUUUAUUUAAGAUUAUUAAUUAUACAUCCAUAAAAUUAAGCUUCAAAAUAAAUAAUUUUAAAAUUCA